UUGCAGGAAGGAAGUGAGGGAACGGAGAACCGCCUGAUUCUUCACCUUCUGACCCGUCCACUCGCUCUCCUCAUGCUGGCCACCCUGUCCUCCAUCCUCCGCUGUGUGCUGCACUCUUUUAUCAUGGCCUUGGUCAUUCCAGUCUUCCUUCUCAUCAUCUACCUCAAGCUCACCAUCCCACGAUCGGUGGGCAUCUUGGGCUCCAGCAGGCCGUACUGGGACUACAUAGGCAGCAGUUACCACGCAGACACUGAGCCAGAUCUACCUAAUCCUCUCUCGAGCCGAGCCAAACUGAUCACCAACCAGGAGAAAUCCAGACGCCGCAAAAAAGCCAAAGAGAAGGAGAAGACAAAUGAGAGAGAGCAGGUGGAUGAGGAUGAGCUGAAGGAGAGGGCGAGGGUUGCUGGAGAGGUGUGGGUUGCGGACUCUGACGGGGAGAUUAUGGGAUGCGUGGCUAGAGACGGUUGGAGUCGGGACGGUGUUUGUAGGAUCUGCAGGCUGGUGGUCCAGUCUUGGUACCGCAGAGAGGGACUGGGCAGAUUGCUGGUGCAGGGCCUAGAGUCCAAAUCAAAGCAAAGUGGCAUACGACGGGUCUAUGCCCACGUACCAUUCCCUUCCAGGGUGGGAGAAGCUUUCUUCAGGAGGCUGGGCUAUCGUCUGCAGGGCGAGACUGCAGGGACUGAGGGAGAGGAGCAGGAUGAGGAUUAUAAAGAGCCACAGAAGGGUUGGCUGGGGUUCCCUUUAACUAAAGUGUUUGUUAAGGAUCUAUAAGUGUCAUUGAAACAAAAACUAAAGGCUUUAAACAUAAUUAAAGGAAUAUUCUGGGUUCAAUUCAAGUUAAGCUCAGUCAGCCUGUGGUGUAAUGUUAAUAGCAACCACAAAAAAUAAUUUUGGCUUUGGAGGAUUUGAAGGUAAAAAUGUGAAGCUAAUAAUUUUAUAAAAGCAAUUUAAUUCUUAUGUUAAAAUGUGUAUAAUGUGAGCUGUAAAGUUCAUUUUUACAGUUUUUAAUGGUUUACGCAUGGAGUUGUGUUUUCAUGGCGAUGAAGCUCUAAAGUUGAAUAUAACUAUACAGAAAAGGUUAGUAAGCAGUUUUUUCCACACUAAAAUCAUGUUAACAUGCAUGUUGUUUACAUCUUGUGGCUAUACUAUUGAAACAGUGGGUAUUUCACUAUUAACUGAGUAUUUUACUAUAUUUUACAAUUGGCCAAAUUCACUUCUAUUGUAAGUGCCUCACUGUAACCCAAAUUUUUGCUUUUUUUAAAGUCAUGAAACAGAAGUAUUGACAUCUUUUCUUCUGUUUUGUGAUGUACAUCCAAGUGUAGCAGAUUAUCGAAAAAUAAAAAAUGUUGGGGACUUGUUGUUAGUUCUUAGUAAAUAGAGUUGGUUGAAUAGUUCACAAUAAGAUCAAUAACAUGCAUUUGGAAAAUAGAUUUAGUUUUAAUGGCAACUUUAAGGCCAUUUUGACUUGUCCCUUGUUCUUUUUUGGUAAUCGACGUGUGUGCUUAACUUGUCCUGAACCUGAAAUGUAUAAAUGGAUCUGUUCAUUUGUUUGUCCCAGUGAAUCACUGACACUAGUAACCUCUCUGGCUUUGCCAUCAUAUGUGUUAUUUUAUAUAAAUCAUUUAUAUUAUUGUGUAAGAGAAUUGUAACUGAACAUUACACUGGGUUUCAAAGCCUGAGCCAUGAAGGUGUCAGUAUCAGACUGAAAGGACAAUCAGUCAUCUUGUUGUUUAUAGCAUGGACUGCUUUUGAAGAGAAUUUUUUGGAGGCUUUUUUAAAGACAAGUGGACAAAGAUAGUGACUUACAUGUGUUUUCCUAAUUUAUUCACCUUAUUUAUUAUACUGUAUUUAUAAGUGAAUUUGAGUUUUUUUUUUUUCCCUUUGUGAAAACAUUUUGUUUACCUUGACUGCUGAUGAAAAAUCUCUCUGAUUUUUUUGAAGGUAUGAAUAAAAGUUUUGUCCCAGA